UCCCUCACCAUGGUCGCACCACCCUACCUCUACGAUGCUCCACGAAGGGACUCAGCCAUGGGGGUGCCGACGACCUUCAAUCCCAAGGCGGUGACCAUGGCAAGCCGUCAACCGCCUCCAUCGCCGGUCAAGAAGCCCGAGGGACCCUACAUCAGCUUCAACCAGCACCCGGAUAGCUUUCUGAUCCUCCCAUAUGGCAAGACAGAUGCGAAGCCUAUGAGUUCCAAGACCAAGACGGCCAUUUCAGCUGUCAGAUGGACCCAAUUCACGUUUCGAUUGCUUACCCUGUUGGGUGCGUUUGGCGUCAUUCUGUGCGCCAUCUUUGUUAGAGGAGCUUCUGAUACAGAAGGCUAUAUCAUGCGGAUAGCUCCUGGAGUGGAUAUUGUGUUCGUACUGUACGCAGUCUAUCAUCUUCUGCGAAAACCGACAUCUCGACCCCCCGGCAGUGCCGCGAGCUACCACUUUUUCGCUCUGGUCAUGGACGCGGGAUUCUUGCCAUUCUAUGUCUUUACUGCCUUGCUGGCCAAGCGCAAUCUGGACAUUGACGCAGGGACUUCCGGCCGAUGGAGAACCUUCUUCCCCACCGACGAGGACACUGACAAAGUAUUGAUGACAGAAUGGCUGUGCGCAGUCACGGUGGCAGGCCUCCACUGCGCGUCUUUGUGCUUGGAUGUCUGGCUGACUCUUAUUUUCCGAAAGAUCGCCAGCCUGCCUCCAGACAUGAAUCCGCUGGAAGACAACCUGACGUCACGUCGCAAGACAAAGCACAAGCACAAGAACUCGUCCAUCUCUGCCAUUACUCCUCUGACGCAGACCGAGAAACGAUACAGCGGGCAAAGCGCGUUAUCGGACAACCAAUCUUCUCCACUCAUGGCCGAUCGAACUAUCCCUUCCCCAGAACGCAAGCACAUGUCUUUCAUGCACACACGAGGAAAUUCCAGCCUGACCUACUCGCCGCACACACCAAAGUCGGCACAUGAAACGCGUGAGUGGCUUGCCAGACCCAAGGCUGGUUCGCCGAUUCGUAUGGAUAUCAACACGCGGGAUGAUCUUUUGCGAAGGGAUGAGCCACAGGAGCAGACACUGGCCCAGCGUCGGGAAAUGCUGGCGCAACAAGCUAUCAAACGCAGCUCCAGACCAGCUUCGAUGCACAGCUUAUCGUCCAAGAACAACAAGGACGCACAACCGCCACCACCACCACCUCACCAGACUGAACCAUCUGGAGAUAUUGGCCUACAGAACGACCGGGAAGACAUUGGAACCAACUACUGGUUCGUUAACGACGAGCCUUCUGCUUCGAGAGCUCAACCAUCGCCUCCCAAGCCCUUCUUCUUCCCUCCCAAGAACUCUGGUUACACGUCCAUCAACGCCUACGACGAUGUAUCCGACGACGAACUUGACCAGCCUCUGGUACCCGGACCCCUUCGCAUGAAUCCUCCCACACCUCCUCCGACACAAAUGGCCAGAGAACCAGCAGUCAAAGCUACCCCGCCCCCGCAGACGUCGACUCCGAUCAAACGCAUGGAAACGAUGAGUUCAAUCAACACCGACUCGACCUAUCAACCAUCCCCCAACAUGUCGCCCAAUCGCUCACCAACAAAAGCACGAUUCUACGGAGAUCUAAAAGCCGCGCAGCAGAACAUCAUCCGCAACACACCUCCAUCGGCGGCCCCAAUCAAGGCCGGCACGCCAACAUAUCCCAGCUCCGUCAAGAACUACACCAGCAACGCAUCGCCGAGCACCCAGCAGCCCAACCACACGUCCCCAUUCUCUCUUGACCGAAAGAAUUUCCCCAAAGUCAAGAAAGCGGCGGCGAGUGCUACGCCCACGAAAACACAAUCCCCUCGGGUGGUGAGUCGAUCGGGUGUAGACUACGAAGGGCGGCUGUACAAUGACGAUGCAUCGGACUUGGGGACGGCGGGACGUAGGAGAGACGUCAGCGGCAAGAUUGCCGAGGAAGGCAGAGGAGGAGGAGGGUUGGCGGAGCGAUGGGCGAUGGGUGAGGUUGGGCAAGGGUUGACGUAUAGGAAAGUGAGUGGGAUGGCGUGA